AUGGUAUUAAACUUGGGUAUCCAAUGUGAUUCCAACAGCUCCACGGGAUCUGCCAAUCAAGUGUUGCUCCCCACAAAGGAAGAGAUCAGCAGUGCCAUCAAGCAAUUGAAGAGCGGAAAAUCUGCAGGACCGGACAGCAUACCCGCAGGAUCGCUUAAUUAUGACGCGGAGACCAGUAUGGAGCUAUUACACCCGCUUUUUAGCAAGAUAUGGAAAGAAGAAAUUCCAACAGAGUUGAAAGAGGGUUACCACAUCAAGCUUCCAAAGAAAGUCGACCUCAUUUCCUGCUCUUACUACCGAGGAAUCACAUUGUUGUCCACCCCAAAAAAGGUGCUUAAUUACACUUGCUGA